GGCGGCUGCUGCUGCCGGGUGGUCCCCUCCUCAGGCCGCCCUUUCCCUGCGGGUGGGAACUCCAGAUGGACGAGGGCCCACGCCACCAGGCGCUUCCCUGUGCAUCCCGGGGUCGGGGCGGGCGGCGAGGGCAGCGGCUCCCCGGCGCCCCUACCUUACCUUCCCUGUCUUUCUCGUCCGCCAUCUUGCUGCGGAGCCGGUCGCCUGGGAGAUGCCUAACGAUAACCUCGGCCGCGGAGUCCCGGCCUGCUCAGCGCCCCGGGCGAGCCUGGCCUGGAGGAGGGGCCGCUCCGAAUCCAGGGGGAGGCAGACCCUUGGGCGGGGCGGGGAGGAGGCGCCGAGCGCGCGCCCUGUCCCCGCUUCCCGCCACGACCCUCGCGCUGGGGGAAGACCAGAGGCGCCGUCUGCCACCCGGCCCCCAGGCUUGUCCCUCCAGACCCGAGGCCGGAGCCGGACUUGUCCCGGGCCUAGCAUGUUGCUUCAUCACACGGUCCCCAACCCCUCCUUUCCCUUAUUUCUCAUCCAUUUGGGGACAGCACGCGCGCGCACACACCCCUCGCCCCCUCCUGUUGUGUUUGUGCGACGUGGCGUUGCCCGAUUUUUGUUGUUAGCUGCAGAUUUUGAAAAGCGCCGGAGAGCUAGGUGAAGAGCUGGGCUCCCAAGGGGGUGAUAGAAUCAGCCGGCGGCCCAGCCUCCUCCGGCUUCCCAUUCACAGCCCGUCUCCCGCCGGGAAGCGGCCUGGCUGCUGCAGAACGGCCGCGCCUGCCUUCCCGGUCCCCGUCCAGUCCUCACCGUUCUUUCCCAGAGAGAGCGACAGCACAGCCUGUGACAACUGAGGCUAAAACGGAAAAACUGGGCCGGGCGCGAAAGGAAACCAGAGCCAUUCGACUCUUACUAGAGAGGAAUAGCUGUAGAAAAACAUGCGCAAAAUAGACACAAACAUUGCGUCGUCAAGGCUGCAAUGUCUAAUACAAAAUAGAAGGUUCUCAUAGCAACAAAAACGUGCCCAUGUUGUGCUCAGUAUUACAUGAGUUGAAAUGUUCUUAGUUGUGAAAUUUGACAUGACCGCUGGUUAAAGUUACAAUGGAAGUUUUAAAUCCUGCUUUCCGGAAACUUUGCAGCUAUAGCAUGAAGUUAAAUUUUUGUGUUAUUUUCUGGAUAAGUUUACUAUACUGGAAUAUAGUAAAGCUCUUUUUAUAAAGAGCGUUGAAUAAAAUACCUAAUGAUGUGGUUCAAACGAACACCUAUUUUCAAAAUUAAUCUUAAAUGGUAUUUCAGUGCCUGUGUUAUGUAAAAGCAAUUUAUAAACUAAAUUUUAAGAGCCUUCAAAAUACAGGGUACUCGUAUUUAAUGACAACAGUUUUAAUGCUUUUAUUGUUUCUAUAAUCUCUCAGGAAAUCCUAAA